CCGUACCUACGCCAUGCAAGGGGGUACAAAAAUCAAGUGCAACGCCAUUCUGGGUCAAAGGGGAGUUUGUUUCCCUUAUGCACACUAGACGUCUCAUCCAUAAGAAGUGCAAGCCGUUCUUGGCAAUGUUUGUGACGGCACUAAUGAUACCCAUGCUUGAGAUUGUAGAAAUGGUAAAUGAAUUUGUUAUAUCCCUCAUUCCCGAAUAUGAAAUGGUGUGCCUGAGUUUUGAUUCUUCAUGUCAGGCCGAUUCGGAUGUAGUUGUUGAUGAUGCUUGGAUAACAGUUGAGUUUUAAAUGAAAUCAAAUGUUCGGGGAUCCUAAACCACAAAAUAAUCUAAAAAGUGGGUUAAUGAUUUUGAUACUGAGAUACACUGACCAAAUAUAUGGAUUGUGUAAUGGUAAGAGAUUAAUCCUUGAAGAGCUGCGAAACAAUGUUAUUGGUCUAGUGGUUUCGGGAAAUCGAGUCGGGGAAAAAGUUUACAUACUCCAAAUGAAUUUGAUUCCAUCUG